GUGAGACGCUCCUUUGGCCUGAGCAGCCUCCAGUUGACGUACUUUGAUGAGGAGAAUGAGGAGAUAUCCAUUAACAGUCAAGGGGAGUAUGAGGAGGCACUGAAGAGUGCAGCAAAGCAGGGGAACCACCUCAACAUGAACAUGUGUGAGACCAGAGGACAUCCAGCCAGGCUCUUGUCCACCAAAGUCAGUGGAGCCGAGCCAAAGAGAGGUUUCAGAGCCACGCAGCACUGCCCCACGCUAACUCAGGCCAUCAGCCGCAAGGUUCAGGCCGUGGUAACAGAACCCAGCAUGAUUAUCAUGAAGGAGGUGAAAGGAACCAAAGAAGAAGACAAAAUUCCCCCAGCCUGGUUCACUUCAUAUAUGGAAAAGGUACUUGAACUUGAACUGUGA